AGAUAUUCCUGAUAGGUAUAUAAGCAGUACAUAAGAAUAUUGCCUUCAAGGCUCCACCUCCAGAACUGCGUGAACUCUGGGCCUCCGUCUAUUCCUUUGCCCAACAUGAAAAAAUCUGCCCUGGUACUCGUGGUUGCGUUCACCCUGACUGCCGGAGCAAUCUGUGCUCCCAUGGGUUCCCCAUACGGUGGAAGCUACGGCAGCAGUUAUGGCGGCGGAUACGGCAGUGGACAGUACGGUGGCUAUAGUGGCUACGGUGGUGGCUACGGUGGCGGCUACGGUGGCGGCUACGGUAGCGGCUACGGCAGCGGCUACGGCAGCGGCUACGGUGGGGGUCACGACAGCGGCUCCGGACAUCAAUGCGAGCAGAGUUCACAUCUUAGCAUGGGGCACAGCUCGUAUGAAACACCUGGCUAUGGAAGCUAUGGCGGCUCCUCGCAAGGAAGUCACUAUGCGCCAUCGUACGGCGGUGGCUACAGCUCGUACUAACAGUAACGGUGCACUGGCGAAUAGCGCUGCUAGCCCAUUAAAAUAAAUCCUGGAUCAAUUUUGUUCUCCUUAUGCUUGGAUAACCUUAUAAUUCGCUGAUUGACCCUAAAGAACACGAUUUUAGGCAUGAUUUAUCUCGUGUCACGCAAUUAACUGAAUUUGUUCACGAUGUAAGCGAAGUGUUGGAUCGAGGGGGUGGUGUCGAUUCUGUGUUUAUCAACUUCAAAAAAGCCUUUAAUGUUGUGGAUCAUGAUUAUUAGUUUGCAAACUGUAUUGUUUUAACAUUAAUCCUUGAAUGAACGCUUUAAUAAAGGAGUAGCUUACACUGCGA